UCAAAAGACAGUCUUAUCAAAGCAUCCCACAGAGAGUGAAUCUGUUUCAUCUUUUUCCAGUUUUUUUUCUUUUCUAAAUUCGUUCACCGUCUGCCAUAUUGGUCUGUGUAGCGAUAAGUUAAAGUUAUGUAAAUAAAUACAGCUGAUUAAAAAUAAAAGUGAACAAAUUUGCCUGCAGCGAGCUCAUUGAUUCAAUAACGAACUGCUGGUGAUGGUACGGCAGUCACCGUUCGCGAUUGCUUCGUAAAGGAAUCCAAAAGUUUCCAACCGGCUCCGGCGAUGGUGCUCCAACGAAAGUUUGCUGACGGGGCGCUAGCUCUACUGGCGGUGAUUCUGUCAACCAUGGCGAUCGUCGCCCUGAGUCAACGAAUCGUUGAAAAGCCCUGCCCGGAUUCAAAAGCCAGGCCGAUUGUGCAAAACUUUGACCUGAAAAAAUACAUUGCAGGUAAAUGGUACGAAAUUCUUCGUUACGAUCAGUACUUCGAACGGGACUGUGACUGCGGAUAUGCAACCUACACUGCCGAAACUGACGGGUCCAUCAAAGUAGAAAACUGUUGCGAACGAUUACCAAACACAUCAAUCCACUGCUCGGUCGGAAAGGCAUUGGUCAGUUUUCCCGAUGAAGUUCCUUUGGAAGGGAAAUUAAAUGUUACAUUUGGUGGACCACCCAAUAGUUCCAACUACUGGAUCAUGGAUACCGAUUACGACAACUACGCCAUUAUCUACUCCUGCAAAAACAUCUCCCACAGCAAAUCAGCCGAAGCGGCGUGGGUACUGUCGAAGCAAAGAACCAUUCAGCCGGACAGUCGCUCAAUCGUGGACCGGUUGGUGGAUAAAUAUUUGUCCCGGUCCGAUAUGAGAGUUACGGAACAAAGCCAAUCAAUCUGCAAAUACGACCACAACGGACCAAACUAGUCUUAAUUGAUCGGGAAAACUUUGCUCGACCAAGAAACUUGUCAUCAACAGCAUUUACAGCAAAAAACACAAGAACCGACAGUAAAUUUCCGUACAGCGGCGUGGUUGUUCCCGUUGCGAUUACUCGAUGCCAGCAGCACACAAAACCUGGUCCCUGUUUUUAACGGUACCGGCGGAAGAUCGCAAAACUUUCAAUCGAGUUUUAUUUUAUUAGUGAAACAGGGCGAAAGAGUGUUGCUGCUAAUAAAUCAUUUUACUUCUAAAUUCUUUCA